AUGAAGACGGUGUACCUGCUGCGACAUGGCGAGGCGCUCCACAACUUGGUUGACCGAGGUUCCGGCAGCUACGAGCGCCGAAGAGAUCCCUCCCUAGUGGACCCUCCCUUGACAGACACCGGCACCUCUCAGGCAUUGGCUGCUCGAGAGGUGCUUGACAGAGCUCUGAAAGAGCGUGGAGAAGGAAAGCUGGACGUGGUCGUCAGCUCGACUCUGCAGCGUGCCCUGCAAACGGCCGAGCUUAGUUUGGUGCCACUGAAGGCAGACGAUGCCCCUCUCAUCGCCUUAGACCAGAUGGUGGAAAUUCAGUGUGACGACAUCUGGAACGAGUCUCGCCGUGAGCACGAAGUCCGGCGAGAUUGGCCUUCUUGGGAGGUGGAGUUUGCGUCCAGCGCAACUCAUCCCCUCCCAAUGCUGGACACGGCACAGUCGCUCAUUCGACGUGCCGAGUUCGUGUGGGACUAUCUGAUGCAGCUCCCAGGGUCUGUGAUCGGUGUGGCUGCACACGGCUGCCUCUUGUUCUUCCUUUCCAGGCGAAUAGCUGCUUCCAAGGGGCAUCGCAUGCCGCCGUUCAAAGAAGACAGAUGGCUCAAUGGUGAGGUUCGUCGUUAUACGUUCCCGCCUUGUGACGGGCUGGCCAUGACCUGGACAGAGUAUGGUGGCCUGCUCGACAUCAAGGACUUCGACUUUUACAACCGAUAUCACCGCCGCGCAUCCUUUGUGAAUGCCGCCCGGCUGCGUGGACUUGCAAAUGUUUGGUGGCAGGAAACGGAGUGGCGCUGGUCUCGGUGCGAUUCGGAGAUCGAGGCAGAGCUCGAGGAGGCUGAGAUGUCCAACGCGUUCUCUCUUCCAUACUUCUUGAACGCAGACAUUGCCAAGUGCUGCUUUGCACGUGUCAAGGCCGCUACUGCCUAA